CUGUCCCUCGGCGUUCUCCUCAGCGUUCUCCUCAGCCUUCGCCCGCCUUUCCCUUUCUUUCUUUCUUCCUUCCUUCCUUCCUUCCUUCCUUCCGCCCCGCCUUCUCUCUCGCUCUCUCUCGGCUUCGGAAGAGGAGGAAGAGGAAGAGGAAGCGCACGGUUCCCUCCUUCGUCCCCUCCGGGAGCCCCCUCCGAGGGGCCCGGUAGGAUGCCUGUGGAUCUGACCGGGAAGGAGGAAGAGGAGGAGGAAGAAGAGGAGGAAGAGCCCCCGGGACUCCGAGGAAGAGCCGGAGGAGGAAGAGGAAGAAGAGGAGGAGGAAGAGGAGGGCGCUGAGACGCCUGCCUGCCCGCCCGCCUCCCCCUCCCCUCCUCCGCUGCCGCCUUUGUCCCGCCGCCCAGGAAGAGGAAGAGGAAGAGGAAGAGGAAGGCCCGCUCCCUCCCUCGCCCCGGCCGGCCGGCCAUGUAUCCCCAAGGGAGGCACCCGGCACCCCACCAGCCGGGACAGCCGGGCUUCAAGUUCACGGUGGCCGAGUCCUGCGACCGUAUCAAGGACGAGUUCCAGUUCCUGCAGGCCCAGUACCACAGUCUGAAAGUGGAGUACGACAAGCUCGCCAACGAGAAGACGGAGAUGCAGCGCCAUUACGUGAUGUACUAUGAGAUGUCCUACGGCUUGAACAUCGAGAUGCACAAACAGACAGAGAUUGCAAAAAGACUGAACACGAUCCUCGCCCAGAUCAUGCCUUUCCUGUCCCAAGAGCACCAACAGCAAGUGGCUCAGGCUGUUGAGCGUGCCAAGCAGGUCACCAUGACGGAGCUGAACGCCAUCAUCGGGGUACGUGGAGUUCCCAAUCUGCCUCUCACCCAGCAGCAGCUCCAGGCGCAGCACCUCUCGCACGCGGCGCACGGGCCGCCGGUCCAGCUCCCCCCGCACCCUUCGGGCCUCCCUCCCCCGGGGAUGCCCCCCUCCGUGGCGGGCAGCGGCUCGGGGCUCCUGGCCCUGGGGGCCCUCGGGGGCCAGGCCCACCUGGCCGUCAAGGACGAGAAGAACCACCACGACCUGGACCACCGAGAUCGGGACUCCAGCGCGAAUAACUCCAUCUCUCCGUCGGAGAGUUUGAGGCACAGUGAGAAGCACAGAAGCUCCUCUGAGUAUGGCAUCGAGCCCAAGAAGCGCAAAGCUGAGGAGAAAGACAGCAUGAGCCGAUACGACAGUGACGGAGACAAGAGCGACGACCUGGUGGUGGACGUCUCCAACGAAGACCCCGCCACCCCCCGGGUGAGCCCUGCCCACUCGCCUCCUGAGAACGGGAUGGACAAGGGACGGGGCCUGAAGAAGGACGCCCCAAACAGCCCGGCCUCCGUCGCCUCGUCCAGCAGCACCCCCUCCUCCAAGACGAAAGACUUGGGCCAUUCCUUUUUGGAGCAGAAUGACAAGUCAUCCACCCCGGGGUUGAAAUCCAACACUCCCACCCCGAGGAGUGACGCGCCGACCCCUGGGACGAGCACCACUCCAGGCCUCCGACCGAUGCUGGGAAAGCCUCCCGGAAUGGACCCCUUGGCCUCUGCCCUGCGGGCGCCCAUCUCCAUCGCAGGCUCCUACGCCACCCCUUUUGCCAUGAUGGGCCACCAUGAGAUGAACGGCUCCCUCGCCAGCCCCGGGGCCUACGCCAGCCUCCACAACAUCCCUUCCCAGAUGACCGCUGCUGCCGCCGCUGCAGCCGCUGCCUAUGGACGCUCCCCCAUGGUCAGCUUCGGAGCGGUCGGCUUUGACCCCCAUCCGCCCAUGAGGGCCCCCGUCCUGCCCACCAGCCUGGCCUCCAUCCCCGGUGGCAAACCAGCAUAUUCCUUCCACGUGAGUGCGGACGGGCAGAUGCAGCCGGUACCCUUCCCCCACGACGCGCUGGCCGGCCCCGGCAUCCCCCGCCACGCGCGGCAGAUCAACACGCUCAGCCACGGGGAGGUGGUCUGCGCUGUGACCAUCAGCAACCCCACGCGGCACGUCUACACCGGGGGCAAGGGCUGCGUCAAGAUCUGGGACAUCAGCCAGCCGGGCACCAAGAGCCCCGUCUCCCAGCUGGACUGCUUGAACCGGGACAACUACAUCCGCUCCUGCAAGCUGCUUCCAGAUGGCCGGACGCUGAUUGUGGGCGGGGAGGCCAGCACGCUGACCAUCUGGGACCUGGCCUCCCCAACGCCCCGCAUCAAGGCCGAGCUGACCUCCUCGGCCCCCGCCUGCUACGCUUUGGCCAUCAGCCCCGACGCCAAGGUCUGCUUCUCCUGCUGCAGCGACGGCAACAUCGCCGUCUGGGACCUCCACAACCAGACACUGGUCAGGCAGUUCCAGGGCCAUACGGACGGGGCCAGCUGCAUCGACAUCUCCCACGACGGGACCAAGCUCUGGACAGGCGGCCUGGACAACACAGUCCGCUCCUGGGACCUCCGGGAAGGGCGGCAGCUCCAGCAGCAUGACUUCACCUCCCAGAUCUUCUCCCUGGGCUACUGCCCGACGGGCGAGUGGCUGGCGGUGGGCAUGGAGAGCAGCAACGUGGAGGUCCUGCACCACACCAAGCCCGACAAAUACCAGCUCCACCUCCACGAGAGCUGUGUCCUUUCGCUGAAGUUUGCCUAUUGUGGGAAGUGGUUUGUGAGCACCGGGAAGGACAACUUGCUCAACGCGUGGAGGACUCCCUACGGAGCCAGCAUAUUCCAGUCAAAAGAAUCGUCCUCCGUCUUAAGCUGUGACAUUUCAGCCGACGACAAGUAUAUCGUGACCGGCUCCGGGGACAAGAAGGCCACUGUCUACGAGGUCAUCUACUGAGCGGCUUUUCAGGGAAGGACGUCACACUCCAGGCUGGACGCGAUCCGGCCAAAUGUCACGAGGGACUCCGGCUGAUGGACGCAACGCGGGGGCAGCCGAGCAUCCCAUCCUGACCCAGCCUUUGGAGUCAACGCAACCGGAGUGGAUCUUGGAACCAUCUGGGCAAAUUCGAGGCCUUACAGCUUGGUCCUGGAUGAUCUGCUACUGCUUUGGAGACCUCACCAAGUUGGCAUCUGUUACGAUGCUUUCGGGAGGCGAACACCGUCUGUUGGCUUUUCGACUGAGAUGGUGAAGUUCUUGCCUCUCUGCCAGACUUUUGGGAAAUGUAAAUAGCGGAUGAGUUUUAAUACGGCGAGGGGCGGUGAUUUCGACUACGUAUUUUUGGCUUUCCAUCUACCUUCUUUGUUUGGUCUGCUGUAAACUCUGUCGCAUUGGGGGUUUCGUUGGCAACGGUGGAUGGCCAUCUUCCCUGUUGAGUUGGUGAUUUGGGUCCAUUGGCAUUGAUGGCAAACAACAUCUUCUCAUUUCGUCCGUUGAUGAUGAUCAUCUUCUCGUUUGGUCCAUUGGUGAUGGUCAACUUCUCAUUUGGUCCAUUGAAGAUUGCCAUCUUCUCGUUUGGUCCAUUGACAAUGGCCGUCUUCCCAUUUGGUCCAUUGGUGAUGAUCAUCUUCUCGUUUGGUCCAUUGGUGAUGGUCAACUUCUCAUUUGGUCCAUUGAUGAUUGCCAUCUUCUCGUUUGGUCCAUUGACGAUGGCCGUCUUCCCGUUUGGUCCAUUGGUGAUGACCAUCUUCUCGUUUGGUCCAUUGGUGAUGAUCAUCUUCUCGUUUGGUCCAUUGGUGAUGGUCAACUUCUCAUUUGGUCCAUUGAUGAUUGCCAUCUUCUCGUUUGGUCCAUUGACGAUGGCCGUCUUCCCGUUUGGUCCAUUGGUGAUGGUCAACUUCUUGUUUGGUCCAUUGACGAUUUCCAUCUUCCCGUUUGGUCCAUUGGUGAUGACCAUCCUCUUUUCCAUGGAUGUCUUUGAGGUUCUCCCCCAUGAAAGCUGUUCCUCCAAGGAGUUGAAUCUACCAUCAUCUACACAAACAGCCCCUUGUUUUGUGCUGGAACGGGUCUUGGAGGAUAUUGGUUGGAUCUUCCUGCUUUUUGAUGGCAACUUCAACCAAACUCUUGUGUCUUUCUUCUUCUGUGGAUUUCUCUCUCUCAUUUUUGGUUUGUUUUUCAAGAAGCACUUGUGGGUUUGGAGCAAACAAGGAUAUCUCGGUGGGUUUCCAUCAACGGAGAAUCUCUUUUUUUUGUUUGUUUUUUUCCUCCAAGAUAGCAACAGUUAAACAAUACGCUCAGGGAGCCAAGGGAAAAUAAAGAAAAUCGCAACUGACGUGGGAUUUUUUUUAACUCCAUUGAAAGUUAAUCUAAUAGAGAUGAUAACGUUUUAAAUACAGGUCGUUGUUUUUCUUAAGUUUACUAACAAACAUGGUUUCUGUGGGGAGGGGGCCACAACGGUGUGGGUUUCUGGUGGCUUUUGCCGGUUUUUGGGGAGAUUCGAGGGGAAAGGAGGGCAAGUGGGUGCAGUUUUUGUACUUAAAGGCAUCAAUGAAAUUUAAACCACGGGAAGUCGGCAUAUUUGUGUAGCAGAAGAUCUCGCCCUGUGAUGUAGCAGAUGGAAGUGAAUUUUUAUACCACAUUUUUUAUGGAUUAUUUUUUAAUUUUUGAUUUUGAUCUGGUUUUAAGAAAGAGAAGACGAAGUAACUAUGGCUUAAAAAGGUGAAAAAAAAGAAAGAAAGAAAGAAAGAAAGAAAGAAAGGAAGGAAAAACUACCUGUUUUUAUUAAAGGCCAUGCUGGUGCAUAAAGGAAAA